GCUUUAGGGAACUUGGAUUACCAGGCAAGCGGGUUUCGCUCUCUCUCGGCCCGCGAGAGGCCUGCUCUGAGGAGACGGAGCCGGGCCUGGUCCGCAGAUGCUCUGAGCUGGGCCCAAGGCCAUGGCCCCGCUGGGGCUCUUCCCAGUUUUAGUGGCCGUGGUCAACUUGAACCUCAUUCGGACAGAAAGUGGGGGAUCAUUGCGGGUAACCCUGAACCCUGUUAUGAAACCUAUCCCUGCAGCAGUUGUGGACAAGGAUGCCUUCCUGCACUCCAGCAGUAAACAAAAGAGGGAGCUGAAAUGCUCAAUAGGACACUAUCUUCACCCAAAUAAAACCCACUGCUGCCUUAGAUGCCACAAAGGAACUUUCGUUGCACAACACUGUUUAGACUCUGAUAAGGCAACCAAGUGCUCAGUCUGCUCUGAGGGUUCCUUUAUUGAUGGAGAUAAUAGCUCAGAGCAGUGUCGCGGAUGCCGACGCUGCCGUCCAACCUUUGGACAAAUAGAGGUAUCCAAAUGUACCAGUGAGCACGACACAGUUUGCGGUUGCGGCAGAAAUCAGUAUCAAAGUAGCCACAGUGAUGAAUUCAUGUGCAAGAAUUGCAGUGCUUGUCUCAAUGGAAGAAUCAAGCUGGCUUGUACCAAAUUCAGUGAUACAAUAUGUGAGUGUCGCGCUGGAUACUUUCUCCAAAAAGAUGAAAACAAGUGCUACCCAUGCAGCAGCUGCAAUGAGAAAGAAUGCAAGAUGGACUGCGACUAUUUCGAUGAAGUGAUAAAGCCAGAAAAUAACCCACACCAAGCACUUCUCCUCGCUAUAAUAGUCAUUUUAAUCGUAACUGUCGGUGUAUUGGUGUUGGUGAACAUACUUCGCAAACGAUCCUGUCAGAAGAGGUUCAGCUCCACUUUCUGUCCAUUUGCUUCAAAUCUGCAGCCAGCAAGUGAACCUCCCCCAGAGGUGGUAGAAAAAGGAAAAGGCACAUUUCUGGAACAAAACCAGACAGACAAUCUUUUGCCACUGAAAGCCACACCAGCUGACCUCCCAGAUUGUGUGAGAGUGGCAGGAGAGACACAAAUCUCAGAUCGUCCUGAAGUUUUGUACGCUGUGGUGGAUCAAGUACCGCUGACCCGGUGGAACGAAUUUGUGCGGCGCCUGGGACUGAAUGAAAUUUCAAUAGAGAGGAUUUAUGCCGAGCAUCGGCACAUUCGAGAAGCGCAAUAUGUCAUGCUGAGACAAUGGAGGCAGCAAGCAGGCCAUGGGGCCACUGUAGAGCGCAUUUGUUAUGUUCUCAACCAAAUGGAGAUGAGUGGCUGUAGUGAGACUAUUCAGGAGGUUCUGUCCAACCUGCCUUAGGUGUACUGCAUCAGUACUCACUCACACAAAGCACAAUCGUCUCUUGAUGACUUGUAGCAUCAUGGUGCGUUGUGUGUUUGAAGGUGCCAUUAUGCCAUAAACAGAACUUGUAGGUGUUCUUACCUCCAACACAAAUGUUUUUUUCAGUGGAGUAAGCUCACUGUGUUCCAUUCAUAAACAAUCGAGAAAUAUGUGUCUGAAACGGGUUCUUCUUCCCAUCCCUGCCAAGUCUAGGCCCUCCUUUCAGAGGGCUUAUCCUUUUGUCCUACUGCUUCCCUCACCCAGGGGAAACUGCUCUUUAGCUCGUAAUUGGAGCAAAUGGCAAUCUGGUUUUCCGCAGUUCUUACCUAUCUCUUAUUGAGUGGGUUUUCUUGGAAAGGAGCGGGGCAAACGGCAAACCACUUGGACCCAUGCUUUCUAGCCAUGGCACAAGCAGAAGCGUUUUCAAGCCCAGUUAGAUUUUGGCCUCUUCACUUGCUUGUCAUCUACUUUAUUAUUCUUUUUUAUAGAGACUGAAAAG